ACAAUAUCUGCCUCAUCCUGAAAGACUUGGCAACUGCGAGCCUGCAAACAAGUCUUUAAACAUGGACAAGAAGUUGGACCUGUCCAGGCUAUCAGAAGAAGAGGCCAAGCAUGUGUGGGAGGUCAUUCAAAGAGACUUUGUCCUCCGGAAGAAGGAAGAGGAAAGACUUGGGGAACUUAAAACUAAGAUUGAGAAGGAGGAAGCUAAGAGGGAACUCCUGGGCUCUCAAUCAAACCUGAGUGAGUCUCACUGCAUCCGCUGCCUGCAGCCCUUUAAGUUCCUGGUGAACAGCAGACGACAGUGUGUGGAUUGCAAACUCUUCACCUGCAAGACCUGCAGCCGCUACAACAAGAACGAGCAUGGCUGGGUGUGCGACCCCUGCCGCAUGUCCAGAGUACUAAAAAUCGGAACUUUAGGAUGGUACCACGACAACGUCCACUCCCGCUUCAAGCGUUUUGGCAGUGCAAAAGUGAUGCGGUCCCUGUACAAGAGAUUAAAUGAAGAGGGGCAUCGUGAUGAUGACACACAGAGCAUGCCUGAUGUGCGCAAUGCUUAUAAUGGUCAUGAUGAAGAACAUAUGGAUGCAUCUGAAGCUCAACGUUAUAAGCAGAUGCGAAAGACUAAGCGUCUUCUGUCUGUCCACCCCAUGGAUUUGGAAAUAGACGACUAUGCCGUUCACUCUCGCAGACAGUCUGUCCAGUACAUCCAUGAUGAUAGAGGUCAGCGGAAUGAUCUAGAAUACAACUCUGAAAUCUACCAUCAGCAUCAGCAACGCAUGAACCGCAGGAAAAGUCUCGACAGGUUCUCACGCCCAGAUGAUGGCCUAUACUCUGAGAACAGAAUGGUACGUGCUCGUUCUCUCUCUAAAAUCAAUUCCUCAAUGGCUCCGCGUCAGAUCUACCUGGACACUUCAGAGGAAGAGGAUAUGUACCGCUAUCCUGUUUACCAGCUUCCUCCUCGGCGCCGCAGUCGAACUUCAUCUCAGGAGAACAUUCAGCAGGGAGCACCACCGAUCAAUGAACUGAGCAAGAGAAUGUCUGCCAUCGAGAGUCUAUUGAAUCGAUUGGAAGAGAAAAUUACUGUGCCUUCUGAUCAGCCUGCCCAGCCCCCAGCAGGGCACAUGGAGGAGGAGAAGCUGAGGAGAAAACUAGAUGAGCUGAUGAGUGACAAAGGACUUUCUUCUGACGAGGAAGACCCGAAGCGAGCUCCUCAGUAUAAACGCUCUACUGUGAGAGGGGACCAGACAGCAAUGGUCCUUGCAUCCCAAGAACCCCUGAGCUCCUCCAGUGACGAGAUGCCCACUGAAGCACAAAAGGUGUACAUGACUGCAGGGAAGUCCUAUGAAGUGGCAAAAAAGUUGCAAAAGAUUGAGCACAAUGCCAAGAAUCACUAUGGUGGCCCAUUAACUGAUUCAGAACUCUCUGAACUAGAGGACCAGGUUGCUCUGGCUGUUGCCAAAGUUCAGGGCACGGAAAGUGAAGUCUCGGAUAUUGAGAGCAAGUUAGCUGCUCUAAGUGCUAAAGGAUUAUCAAUUGAUAAAGCUAAGAAAAAGGUGAACCGUUCAAAUAAUUAGUUAAAAAAAAAUUACAUUUAAAUCUCUGCUUUCUUCCAGAUUUGCAACUCACUAUAUUUUUGUGAACAUUUACUUUCAGGCAGUGAGUAUGCAACAAAAAAGGAAGUUUCCCCAAGAUUUUUCAUCAAGCAGAGUGCACUUUUAAGUGUAAAGAGGACAUCACUUCUCUGUUGCUGUUACUUCUGUGAUUAUCCCUUUAGACCUUCGUCAGUCUAUCCACACCUGCCACCUACAGUACAUUCAUCCAUUUUGUCAGCCAAAGGAUGUAUUGCAAAUUAUCAAUCAUCACAAGUCCUGAUAACUAUGUAUAACUGGCUUACAUAUGCUGUGCAUUUUUGGGAUUGUAAAACUCUUUGUGUUUGAGCUAAUAAUAUCAGCCAACCCAUUUAAAACUAUUAGGAGACAUGACCAACAGUUUUUUUUGCAAAGAAAAAAAAUAAGAUUAAUUUCCAUUAUUCUCCAUUACAUUUCCUUGCCAUCUUUGUUUAUCAGAUUGCCCUAUCAGCUUUGACAUUUUAAUAAUAAAUGUACUGCAAA